GCAUGCGCGCGCCCUCUUCGUUUCGCGCGCUCGUAAAUACGCAUGGCUGCCACAGAGGAGGCCACCAUGGAUGCACACCAUAGCAACCGUGUGCCAUGAAUUGAAAAUUUGUUUAUCCGGAAAAAUCGUACAUGGUUUUGUGUUUUCAUGGUGUCCUUCUAGUGGAAAUCAAGUUCAGUUAAUCGUUUCAUUUAUCAAAAUGACCCAACCGUACGUGAUCCGGGUGAUGGAGGAGAUGGGCUGGGGAUCGGACGGUGGUUUCAUUCCGAUCGCCAACGCCGAGAACAAACAACUGCUGGACUAUGUGAAUCGGCUGGGUGACCGGAAAACGGAUGGUUCCGGCAAGGUGCAGAUCAGUGACCAGCGGUUGUUCAAUCUGCAGGCGCAUCUGAAGAGCGCCCAGGUUGAGUUCGAUCAGAAUCUGCAGCUGCUGAGUGAGGACAAGGCUCAGAUCGAUACGGAACACGGGCUGCUGAAGCUGUCGGAGAACGAUGGCGGCAAGCUGCGGAAGCUUUCGAAGGAGGUGCAGUACCAGAAGGAGGAACUGCAGAGGCACGAUCAGCGGUCGCAAAAGGAAAUGAAGAAGCUCACCGCCAACAUGGAACGCUUCACCGAGCGUAUCAAAUGGGCCAAGGCAGCACUAGCCGAAUGGAAACAGGUAAUGGGAAACGGCGAAGAGACGAACAAGCUAAUAGAAAAGUACUGCAAGCUGGACACCGGACGGGCGGACACCCUGGAGGCGAAACGAAAGAUCCUGGAAGACAAGGUAUCCAAGAGGCGAACGAUCCUGGUAACACUGGCCGAGGAGUACCGUUCGUUGGAGCAGGUUCUGGAACGAACCUCCCAACUGUACCGCCAGGCGCACUCCGAACGUCGACAGCUGGUGCUGAAGUGGAAGGAAGCCGUGAAGCAUAUGAAUCAACGCGAGGACGAUAUCAAGGUGGUCGAGACGGAGAUCGAGAAGGCACGGGAAAUAAGCGGUAUGCUGAAUGAUGACCUGCAAGCGCAAGUGGAAUUCUUGGAGGAACAGCAACGGAACAACAAGGAAAUUGAGCUGGGCAUUGCCGAGUUGAACGUGGAGGUGUCGAAGCUUAGAAAUCGCCUGAAUGCACUGACGGAUAGCGUGCAGCUAAAGACAAACGAGUAUCAGAUAACGCGGAAAGCGGUGCAGAAUGUGUCCAACAAGUUGACGGGGAUGCGUAACAAAAAUCGUCAGGCAUUGAUGGAGGAAGCUGAGAAGGAGAAGCAAAUUCAUACCAAUCUGAGCCAACUGGAAGAGUUGAGGGAAAAGUUUGAAAACUUCAGAAGCAAGACGCUGUGUGCGCAAGAGAGAUUGAGACAGUUGAAUGAAAUUGUCGAGCAGGAGGAGAAGCAGAUGAAAGUGUUGGGCGAUGAGACGGCUCGCCUGGCGACUGCACUGUAUCGGGCGCAAACGCAGCUGGUGACAAUGAAGGACGAAGAUAAACUGCUGAAAAUUGAGAUUCAUUCAAUGGAAUCGGGAAUUGGAAAGAUCAGGGCGGCAAUGAAGACGCAAGAAAAGGAGAUCAUCCGGCAGACAGAGAUUUCGUACAGCGUGGAUUACAACAUGGAGACGAUAGAGAAGCGAAUUGCGAACAUGAAAGGGGAAGAUAAGCAGGAAGGAGCAAACCGGGCGCACGCUAAGCUGGUACAAGCGGAGGCGAUUUAUCAUGCCAGGAUGCAGAAUCAUUCGCUGCUGCAGGCGCAGAUCGCGAAGAUUCAGAUUGAUUUUCGAAAUAUGAACGCAGUGUAUCAGCAGGAUUGCAUUGAGAUUGAGAGAAUGAUUGGGAAACUGAAGGAGAAAUCGUUGAUGGUGGAGGGAGGAGAGAAAAAACUGAGACAGUGUACGACGGAGAAUCAGGAGCGAUUGGUGGAGAAGAGUUUGCUGAAAAUGCGCAUCAAUCAGAUGGAGCAGAUGGUGAAUAAACAGAAUGAUAAGAUGUAUACGUUGGACCGCCAUCGAAUGGAGCUGGAGACGGCUAUCAAUGAGAGAUUGAUCGACAUCAAUUCGCAGAAGGAUAUGUUGAUGUUGAAGAAGAAAUAUCUACAUGAUGAGCGAGCACAGCUUAAGGCGGAUAUCAGCGAAAGAAUGUUGAAGAUCGAGCAGCUGAAGAAUCGGUAUGAAUUAUCGCUGGAUCUGCUGGGUAAGAAUGAUGAUGGGACGAUCGUGACGGCUACUCAGAUCAAGAUCCAGAAUGCACAGGAGAAGUACAUGCUGCUGAGGGAAGGUAGUGAGUUGAAUGUGAAGAUUCUAAGAGCUGAGGAAGACCUGAAGGCUCUGGAGAACACAUUGAAGCUGAUGAACUUCUCGAACGAAACCUAUAAGCGUGGUUUCCAGAAGGUAGAUGAAGAUAAUCCGGAUAUUCAGCAGAUGAAUCACAUUCAAAAUGAUUAUUGUAAGGCUUUGUCCGCGUUGAAGAGUGUAAGGACUGACUUGGCGUUUAAUACGGAAAAUCUGCACAAUUUGAACGAAGAACGCGAGGAAAGUGAUAAAGGACUGGAGGCGACUACAAAAGUGCGACUCGAUAACAAUGAUGUACUGUUGAAGAUUCAGAAGGAACUGCUUGAUCAGAAGACGAAGAUUCAACGCGCAGAACGGGAACUUCGUUUGGCCAUAAAGGCUGCCAAGGCGAAAACCAAUGACGAAUAUUUGCUGGCCACGUUCCAGAAAGAUUUGAACCUAAAGGAGCUGGAAGAGCGCAACAAUAUGGCGCUGCACCAGAUAGCCGAUUUGAUCGAGAUAUUCCAGGAAAUGAAUCCUACGGUGAACAAGUAUUUCUACGAUAAGGGCUUACGUCUGCCGGUGGUGCGUCGGGCGAAGAGUCAGAUAUCGUGGCGAAGCGAAAACUCACCCGCUUCGGACUACAGUCGCGGCGACGAUACGGGCUCGUCCAAACCAGUAUCGAAAAUGUCUAUGUGCUCGACAUCAACGCGUUCGUCCGAUUCGUCCGAGAAUAUCGCCAAAUCGUUCGAUAACCGUAUGAGCGCUGGCCUCUCGGUGAUACUGAUCGAUUUCCCUGGAGCCAGUGGCCAUAAGAAGUCGCAAGGGACGAUGAAGAAGUAGACGGAGGAAGGACGUUCUUUCAACUUCUACCGAGUUGGAUACCAACAUUAGGCUCAUGUCACUUGUUGAUUGACGAUCAUCAUCAAAUUUAUUUUCCUGGCGUUUAUAUAAUAAUAUUGUGGUUUUGUAUUCACUGUCCGUAAUUGGUAAAAACUACAAAUAUCAUCAAAUUUUGCAUAGUUCGUUUGAUAAUUCUUAGCGUGAAUUCGUAAAAGGUAAAAAAAAAUAAGAGAUUGAACAUUUACUUUGUUUGUGUGUGUGAGUUCGAAUGAACUGUAAAUGAUUCACGAUUUUCUUCCAGUGAUUCCAACGCUAAAUAUUCCGCUAAAUCUUACGUAAUAGUUAGCUAUAUACGGAAGGGUAAAUAAUGACCCCCAUUUUAUUCUGUACGAGUCCUAGUCAUUCAGCAUGAAUUCGAGCAAACAUUACGCCGCGAUCGCUUGAAUAAAUCACCUUAUCUUGUCAUACUGCAAUUUGUUUUUUUUUUCUCUCAUAAUAUUAUCACUAACUUCGUUUUGCAUUGAGUGUGUCUCUCGCUCCGACUGAUUCGAUUUUAUAGUUCCCCUCUUAUGACUGAUUUUAAUUUUCUGUACAAUGACUAAUACGACGAAGUACCAAAGUUAUCACUUUAUUUAUAAAUGCAUGCAUGCGUAAACGGUUCACUGGAUAUUUUUUUUU